AUGAAGUUAGCUUUCUCUUCGAUAGUUUUCUUCUUGCAAUUGCUUGCUGUUUCUUGGACAUUUUCUAUUUCUAAAGGUUCAAUUCGAUCAAAUGGAGAGACGGUAACGUUUGGAGAAAUGAAUACACAAGAGGUUAAACAAUUAUCCAUCAAUUCGCCAAAGGAUAAGAUUGACAUUAGCUUGAACUUAAAGGAUGACUUCUCCAAGGCGCCAAACCAAAUUGUUGUUACUUUAGGCAAUAACAAAGGGUUGGACUCUUCGUAUGUUCCUAAAUUUGACGUGAGUUCUAAAUUAAUAUCUUUAUCAAUUCCUGUGAAAAAAAUUGCUGAAAGAUUGAAGAUUGAAGACAAGUUAUACUUAAAUUUAAUCGUUGGUGAAUCAGGAAAUAAAGCAAAUUUAUUCAAGUCAUUGGUGGAGAUUCUUCCAAGUGAAGAUUUGAAAGCAUCGUCGACAUACGUUGAAGUCGAAAGAAAUGGAAUCAAACCAGAAAUUCACCACCAAUUCAGAGAAGACCCAAAAACCGUAAAUCCAGUGAUUCCAAUAAUAUUUAUCGGUGUUGCUACAACAUUAUUCUUCGGUUUAAUUAUUACUUGGUGCUCAAUAAUUGGUACUGAUUUAUUCGGAACAUUUGAUCAAGUCUCAGGAUGUAAAGUGGUUUAUAACUUAGGUUUCUUAUUAUCGUUAAUUGGUUUUGAAUUUACUUUCAUUAGAUACUACUUAGGAGCCACUAUUUUUGUUACCUUGUUCUACGCUUUUGUUCUUGGAGGUCCAAGUAUUUAUUUUGGAUCAAGAGUUUUCAGAGAUUUAGCCAAACACCAUAGGGUUGGUAGAGCUUAA